AUGGCUUAUAAUCAACCGGGCACCCAAUGGCCAUAUUUCACUUUGGCUCGUGUUGGCAAGUGCGUGUGUAAGGUCGACGGUGUCGAGCUUAACGUGACAAUCGGUAGCAAAGAGCAUCUGGUCUCCUUCGUGAAAAGCCUGAAAGACGAGCUGGUGAACAAGAGCUUGGAGCGGAUGAUCCUGUUGGCGUUGCCGACGAAACCCGAGGACUUGGCUAAGCAGUUUGAGCUCAAGGACCUGUCCAAGUAUGUCGAUCUGUUUACGGUAGCAACGCACUACUUGAGGGACAACGAUGAGGCCAACCUGACGUUCCAUCCGUCCCGACUCAUGGGCUUGUUCGACAUGUCAAACACCGACAGCUUGGUGGAUCUCAUCAACGGUAUGGGCGCACCGAAAAAGAAAAUACUGAUUUCAGCGCCAACGAGUGCUUAUCACUUCACGUUGAAAAAAGCGGAAGAAAACACGCCGAGGUCGGCUACGGAGGGAGAAAAGCCCAACUCGAUCGAUCGCAAAAAAAUGUGCGACAUGAUAAACGAUGGCGAAUGGACAAUCGAAAGAGACGAAGAUCUCACUGCACCCUACGCUUUCAAGAAUACUUCGUGGAUUGCUUUUGAGGAUGAAACUUCAUUGAAAAUUAAGGGAAAAUAUGUUAUUCUAAGAGAACUCGCUGGUUUGGCUUUGCGAGAUGUCGAGAACGAUGUGAAAAACGACUGCGGAGAAUCGCUGGCUCGAGUGGUACACCAAUCCUUUACUGAAAUGAAAAGGAAGACCAGAGAAGUAGUACUUUCGUCACUGGAAAAAGAUCUGCAGGGAACUGAAAUCGCCUAUCCAAGUCAUGUGAGAUCUUCAGAUUUUAGAAUUGUUCGAGUGAUAGAUACAGCAGGAAAAAUCCGCGCUGUUCGCGAAAAUACCCAAACGGCCUUUGCUUGCUCGAGACAAGGCUAUUUUGUUCACCCAAAAAGUUGUAAUAGGUUUUAUCGUUGCGUGAAAUUCAAUCAAGAAGUUGACGACUAUUCUGUUUUUGAGUUUGAUUGUCCGGCUGGAUUAGCUUUUGAUGAGAGAACGGAAGUAUGUGUGUGGCCAGGAUCACUAUCUCAAGGAUCUGCUUGUCCAGGAAGUAGUGAAAUUGAGCCAGUACCUCGCAGUAGAUUCCGUUGUCCCGAUCAUCCAGGUUUUUACGCUGAUCCGCAAAAUUGUAGAUGGUUCUUCGCCUGUUAUGAUCUUGGUGGUCCUGAAAUGGUUCCUUUUGAAUUUCGUUGUCCAUUUGGAUUGGUUUUCGACGAACAGAAGUUAACUUGUGAAUGGCCAUGGAAAGUUCCAAACUGUAACGGCCCUGGUCAUGGAGGCCAACACAGCGCAUAUCAUUACGGCGGAAGUUAUGGAGGUCACGCCGAAAUCUUACCACAAGAAGGAAUAAUAGGUCAAGAAGGAUUAAUUGGACAAAUUAGAUACGAUGGACAAAAUACAGGAGGAGUUGGAGUUGACUAUGAUGGGCAAAUACAAAGUGCUGUCGGAUUGGGAGCUACAAAUGACGGACAGAGUUACAAUAUUGCUGGUACAGGAACAGGAAACGGAGGCCACGAUUACAACUUUCCAGGAGCAGAUGAAGUACGAACAAAUCACGAUGGACAAUAUAAUUCGGCUGGAGAAGGACUAGAAGGUCAAUCUUACAAUGCUGCUGGAUCAUUAGGUCAAUAUGACGGACAAAUUCAUACCGCGGGUGGAGCGAUUGGUAGCGGAGGAUUUGAUGAUCAAACGUAUAAUAGUCAUGCAGGAAAAGGAGUUGGAUUCGAUGGUCAGAGUUACUCUGGAGGUGAUGAUUCAGGAGCUCGUUAUAAUGGUCAAACGUAUAAUGCGGCUGGAGCAGCAGGAGUAGGACUAGGACCCAAUAAACAAACUUAUGACGGUCCGUCUCAUAAUCCAGUUGGAUAUUCUGGAACAGGAGAAAAUUCUUAUAGGCCAAUUUAUAAUACUGACAUAAAUACUGGUUCGAAUCAUGAUGAACAAACUUAUGACGCACGUCCUCAAGCAGGAUUAAAUUAUAACGAACAAACUUAUACAGGAGCAAAACCUGUAAAUGGCUUUGCUUAUGGAGGUAAUAGAUACGAUGGACAAAAUUACAGUGGCUGGGACAACUCGGGUCAAGGAAUAAACUAUGGUCACGUUCCUAUUGCAGGAAAUGGCCCAUUUUAUAAUGGAGCUGGUGUAGAUUGUGAUGAUAAAAAUUACAAUAAUGGUGUUGCUGGUGGAGCUGGUGUGGGAAAAGGAGUCAAUGAUCAUAACAGAUUUGAUGGCCAAAAUGUAAAUAAAGAAGUUACUUUCAACACAGCUGAUUAUGAUAACCAUCAUGGGUCAGCCGCUACAGGCACUUACAAUGGUCAAACAACGUUUAACACUGAAAGUGAUGGCAGAACUACACAGUUUCAUUUGACAAGCUCUGGAACGCCUCAUGAAAUUAAUAACUUGGCUGGAGAUACACGAGUCCCUACAGUAUAUACAACUGGUUCUGUUAAAAUUGGAGAAUCUGCUUUAUCUACUGGACAUCCGUCUGGAGGAACAAAUGAAUAUGUAUCAGGAACAACCAGUGGAUAUGCUGGUGCCACCAGUCAAAAUGUCGCAGGUCGUACAACUGUAUACGCAGAUCUUCCAACUGGAGAUACUGGUGGCGUAACAAACGAUAAUGCUGGAAUUAAUACCUUUGGUGGUCAAACUGAUGCAUCAAGAGAUGUCACUUCUCAGAAUCAAUUGAUAACUGACGGAAGAUUUGGUACAAAUUUUGCUAGCGUCACGAAUGACCUAAGAAACACAGAGUUUACUAGAGUACCUCAACCACAAAACACAAAUUUCAAUGCAUUGGACACCAAAAGUCCAACUAAUUACUACAAUAAUAACUUGAAUACUGGUCUGUCUACAACUGGAUUUACUAAUACUAUCGAAGAUCAAAAUAGUAUUGGAUUCAUUGAAACUGGACAACCGACAGUGUACAAUUCUUCAUACAGCGCUAACUCUGGAUAUCCUACUUCGACUAUUAUACCGUUCAAUGACUAUCAAAAUACUUUUGCUGGUUCAGAUAGCACAGCAACGCCGUUCAAUUCUAUGGGGCUUACAUCGACUGAACAUUUCGGCACUCAGUAUACCAAUCAAGCAGCGAAGAGUUUCGCUCCACAAGGACCAAUUGGUAAUGGAUUUACAUUGAAUGAAAAAACUCAAAAUACUCAAAGUCUCAACACUGGAACAAACAUUUAUGAUAAUUCAAGGAUCAACUCAGCUAGUGUGACACCUACAUUUAAUCGAGAUGGACAGUUUAAUACUGGCCCCGUAAUUUUCGGAAGUACAUUUGGCAGAGCGCCUGCUGGAGUAACAGAUUUCCGGGGCUCAGCAAUAAAUACAGCUGGUUACAAUACUAACACUGACGUAACAAAUACUUACGGCAAUUCUGAUAUUAUCGGUUCAAGCAUUACUUCAGCUAAUAACGAUAUAGUAAAAACUUCUGGAAUGACGGAAUUCCCUGAUGACUAUCAAAAUAAUAAAAAUACUGCAUUUAGAACUGACAAUUUUAACAACCAAGGAACAGUGACUAAUCAAAAUAGUCUUAUUUCUACUGAUUUCACAAGAAUACCUAUUCAAAACCCAGUUACUCCUGCGAGUCCCACUCAGAACUUUAAUUCUCAAGGAGUUAUCCCACCAAACAAUAACAUUAUACGACCAGCUGUUGAACUUGAUAACUCAGGAUUAUUUGGCACUAAUUUUGAUGGUUCUACUACUCCAGUGGCACCAAAAUCUGGUUAUGUUCCAUCAACUACACUCAAUCCAUUACCAAAUACUUACAGAACAAACGAAUAUUAUGACAAUGGUGGUCGUGGGACGAUUCGUUAUAACAAUGGCAUAAUUACAAAUAAGGUGCCAGGAAACGAUAUUCAGGACUACAGAACAUCUUCUUAUACGAGUAUACCAAGUUCGUUUAUAAUUAAUGCCGGAAAUGAAGACAACUUACAAUCAACAGUGCAAAAGUACGACUCUACCAUCACUCAAAAAUUAGAUCAAGGAGUUUAUACUAAAGAAGGGUUUACAAAAACUGGACCAACUAAAACAGGAAUCACAACUGCACAAGUCGGUGGAAGUGGUAGUUAUGUGAUUGGAACUGGUAUUCCGCGAGCAAAGCCCAAUCCACAACUUAUCGGACCGAAUGCAUUCGCUGGAAAUUUCGAUACACCAGGAAGUCAAACUAACUUUGGUUUAACAGGGACAACGAAUUUUAAUGCAAGAGAAAGUGCAACUAAAUUUGGUAAUACAGGGACCACGAACUUUAAUGUAGGAAAUGGUCUAACUAACUUUGGUACUGUGGGAACUACAAACUUCAAUGCAGGAGGGAAUAACUUUGGUUCAGCAGGAGCUACAGAUUUUAAUGGAAGAGGAGGUACAACAAAUUUUGGCACUACAAACUUCAAUACAAGAGAUAAAACAAACUUUGGCGAAACAGCAACUACAGCUGAAUUUGGCACGUCUCAACUUUCUAUCAACCUGAACACAGCUUCUGGAGCGCGUACAAAUAGUGAGAGUUAUUCUUAUCCAAAACCUUUAGUACAGUUGGAAAUUAAAGGAAUUUCAACCACACCUGGGAUAACGCAAACCAAUUUCUUUGAUAGUACUACCAAAUCUUCAAAACUUGAUGAUCAAUCGUACAUCAAUCAAAACUCUCUGAUACCAAACAUUCAGAACGACAAAGGUACCACUAUCUCGCCGGUAGCAUAUACUACAAGCCAAUUAGAAAAUUUCAGAACAACUGUUUAUCAAGCUGCUAAACUUCCGCAGACAAUUUCAACUGUUAAACCUAUUUUUGACAAUGGUUAUAGAACUGUUGUCUCUUCAACUUCCGUACCAACAAUUGCUAGUACAAUAAGACAAACAUAUCAACCAAAUGACUUGUCCACCAAUUCUAAAACGUAUCUAGAUGUUGGUGUUUCUUUUGGUCAAGGGAACGAUUACUUAUCCGGUAAUACCGAUUACUCUGAUUAUACAGCAAACAUAGAUCAAGGUAACUUUGGACAAAGAGUUACUGGUCAAAGUUCGAUAAAUACUAUAGACGCAAAUCAAAACAGUGAGUUGAUUACAUCUACGCAAUUUGAUGCCAAAACCGGUGUUGGUGGUACUGCUCAAACAAAUCGAUUCGGCACUAAUCAAGCAACUAUCUUGAGGAAUGGUGUGACUAUUCCAACACAGGUAUAUUUACCCUCGAGUACCGUAGCUCCUGAAGUAGGUGUAACAUUUGGAACACCAAUUGUAGCUGCUGAUUUCUCUCAACAAGGGCAAUCUAGUCGGUCAUUAACAAACUCGAACUCAAUAAACAGAAAUGCAGCAGGUUUUGCUUCCAGAGGAUCAUCCAACCGUGUCUUGAGUAAUCAAUCUUCAGGAAUCUUCACUCCCCAAAGUCUUUCUGGUGGAAAUUUAGUUAAUCAAAGUCCAGCAGGUCUAAACAAUAUUCAGGGAUCAAAUGAUGGCAUUUUAAGAAAUCAAGCUUUUGCAAGUGCAGCUUCACAAGGAUCGAGUGAAAACUUUAGAAAUAACCAAGCAUCUGCAAACUUUGCCUAUCGUGGAUCAUCAAACAGAUUAUUGAAUAAUCAAGCAUCUGGAGAUUUCGCUUCUAGAGGAUCAAUCAAUAGAGUAGCAAGCAAUCGAGGCUCUGCUGCUUUUGCUUCUCAGGGAUCAAAGAGUGGACUCUCCAACGGCCAAAUUUCACCCAACACUUUCUCCAACCAAAACCAAGGUUUUAAUGGUCAAACGAGAACCUUGAUAGGCUCGAAUGUUGUGACAUCAAUAGGCGGUGCUGGAUUCAAUAAUGAUGUCAUUCGUCAAAAUAUACCGUUGAACGGUGGCAGUAACAGUUUUGCUAGAAUACAACAAAGCACAACUUCACAGCCAGAGAUUACAACUUAUUCAGGCACAUUCAGUAGAACUCGAAGCCGUGCUGGAGCCAAUUUAUUGGACACUCGUAAUGGAAACAAAAAAGUUAUUGUUAAAUUAAGUGACUUGCAUCCAUUAAUCAUCGGAAAACUAGGAGCAGAGUGCACUUGUAAAGCUGAUCCGUUCUCCGUAUUCCGUGGCCCAAACAGACAAACGCUGCCCGUUUAUUCUCAAAAUCGAGGACCCGUUGAUCUUGCGAAUUAUGACGAAAGUGAUAUCUACAUUGAUGUAGACGGUAACAAAGAGAACGAAAAGGAGAUUGAAUUCCUUAAGAACAUACCAUCCAAUAGAUUGAUAAAAACCUCGGAUAGAGGAUUUAAUGACGCAUUAGUCGACAGGGGUAUCGUGGUUACUUCUAGAGGUAACCCGGUAUCUUCAACCUACUUGCCACCAACGACAGCAAGACCACCGUCAACGACGUAUCUUCUUCCAGCUAGAACAUCGUCCACAACAUACCUUCCUCCAGUAAAAACGUCCCUCUCUACGUAUCUUCCUCCAGGGAAAACGUCAUCUACUACGUAUCUUCCCCCAACAAGAGUAACAAAUGAGUACCUACCACCAUCUGAAAAAGAAGACUUGGCACCGGUGUUUAGGGAAAAUCAAGCUCAAAACAAAUUGAUAAGAACACAAAGUUAUCAACCAUUGCUGAUAAGAGUUGAGGAAAAUAAUCGAAACGCCCGAGUGUCACAGGUUCGCGAAAGAUCAGGUAAGGCGUUAUUUGACAAACCUGUUGGUUCGAAGAACGAAUUGAGAGAUUCGAAUAUACCUUUCGAUCGAUAUGGAUCUGCUGGUUUGAGAAACAACGAUGAAUCGCUUCAGAGAGAACCAGACUGUGCUAGGCCAGGUUUGUUCAGGCACCCGAAAUUCUGCAACAAGUUCUAUGCCUGCCAUUGGGACAGUUGGAAGAAACGAUACACGCUACACGUUUUCAACUGUCCGGUUCACUUGGCAUUCGAUUCGAGUGCCGGGGCUUGCAACUAUCCAACCAAGGGUCCCGCUUGCCAGGAUAAUAAACUACUUGUGUAAGAGUAACUUUGUACUGCCAUAUAUUUUAUGGGUGAUGCGAAUGAGAAUGAUUUGUACGAUCCUAAUGUUAUAGAGUAUCAAACGGUAUGACACAGUUGAAUAUGUUUUUUGGUAGGAAUGUGGGCUCGAUGUGGGCUAUAUCGGCUUACACUUGAAUUAUCAAAAGGUAAUCUUUGUCGACGUAAAUUUAUGUUGCUCUAUAAGUUACCGAAUUGAAUAUUAAACAUACUUUAUGAUACUAAUUAUAUAUCAUGUGGAUUUAAUUUUCUAUGUACUCUAAGGGCUAUUUGAUUUUGAUGAUUAGUUUUUAAUAAUCAAAUAAGCUUCACUUACUGUAUAGGUUAUAAAAAUCUAUAAUUUAAGUGUACAUGAUAUUGUCGUCAAAAAAAGUGAUUAGAACAUGUAGAUCUUAAUCUCUUAUGUAUAAUUAGUGAGCUAAGAGAUUCAAUUAAUGUUUAAGGCUUUGAAACUGUAUUGUAUUUAUCAUAGAUUUUGAGUUUUUUAAUGCCUUCUUAAAAUCUACAUGUUUUACUUUCUUCUUUACUAAAAAAAAUUUUUUUAAUUAUUUGAAAAUCAUAAAU